CCCGGCCACGUGUGACGUCACAGCCGGUCAGGAAACGCACUUUUUGGGGGCGAGUUUUGCGACGACUCACAUUCCUGCGUGCAAACGCUGUGGUUUUGGUGCUGCGUGCACUUCCCUCCACGUUUAAAGGGCGCAGUGUCUCUUUAAAAAUCCAAAAAAAAAGAAAAGCUCCCAUAUGAUCCACGAGCUCCAAUCAAAGCAAUUCCUCCUGCAAAAAAAAAAAAAAAAAAAAACGAGGAAAAAAAAAAAAAACCGAGCUGAGCAUUUGCGUGUGCUUGUGUGCUCCAGCAGCGCAAGAGGAGCAGAUCUGUCCUGCCGAGCACAAUGUGAAACAUCUGCGCUGGAGGUGUUGAUGGCGCAGCGGACACCGGGGACACCGGCGCUGGAGGAGCUAGUGCGGGACUCCUUGGAGCCUCUGGCCGCCACCGGACCAAAAUGCUGAUCGUGGAGAAGACCACGGACUUCCCGUGCGCCGAGUUCUCGGUGGUGGAGGACGUGGCGCUCCACUUCACCUGUUUGAUGGACCGACUCAACGAGCAGCGCCUCUUCCAGCCCGACCUGUGCGACGUGGACAUCGUCCUGGCGGGCCAGCGCAGCACCUUCCCCGCCCACAAGGGGGUGCUGGCGGCCUACAGCCCUUUCUUCCACGCGCUGUUCGCCCGGAGCAAGCAGCUGCGCCGCGUGGACCUGUCGCCGGACGCGCUGACGCCGCACGGCCUGCAGCAGGUGCUCAACUUCAUCUACACGUCCAAGCUGCUGGUCAGCAGCCGCACCGUCGGCGACGUGCUCAACGCCGCCACCUUGCUGCAGAUGAGCGACAUCGCCGCCUCCUGCAGGGACCUCAUCAGCAGCCGCUCGCUGAGAGGCGACGCGGAGGCCGGCGCGACGCCCGGACCGUUCUACCGGGACGUGAAGCGGGAGCCGGGCCUGGGCGAGGUCUGCUCCCUUCCUGUCGGCGUGGAGGAGGCGGCCGGCGCCUCGCCGCCGAAGCCGUGCUUUCACGUUGAAGAGGGGGAAGUGGGCGGGGCCAGGGGGGAGGAGUCAAAGACGACGGCCUUCAACAGAGAUCAGAUCAUCGUGGAAGUCAACCUCAACAACCAGACGCUCAACGUGUCCAAGGGGCCGGAGGGCGGCACGGAGACCCUCCUGUGUGGUUGCCAUGGCGACACGGGAGCGCCAGAGGACCCGAAGGAGGACCAGGUGUCGGGGCGGGACACGGAAGACGAGGACGUGACGGAGCCACCUGAAGGGGCGGGUCCCAAAGUGAGACUGGAGGAGAAGCAGCAGUUCCCCUGUAAGAAAUGUCCUCGUGUGUUCAACAACCGCUGGUACCUGGAGAAGCACAUCAACGUCACGCACACACGCCUGCACACCUGCACACCUGCACGCCUGCACACCUGCACGCUUUGUGGCAGGAAGUUCCUGCUGGAGGCCGACUUGAUGAUGCACCUGCAGACACGCUGUGACAUCCAGUGCGCGGCGUGCAACAAGGCCUUCAAGAAGCUGUGGUCGCUGCAGGAGCACAACAAGGUGGUGCACGGCUGCGCUGAGAAGAAGUUCUCCUGCCAGGUGUGCGACAAGAAGUUCUACACCAUGGCCCACGUCAGGAAGCACAUGGUCGCGCACACCAAGGACAUGCCCUUCACCUGCGAGACGUGCGGCAAGUCCUUCAAGCGCAGCAUGUCCCUGAAGGUCCACUCCCUGCAGCACUCUGGGGAGAAACCCUUCCAGUGUGAGAGCUGCAGCGAGCGCUUCCAGUACAAGUACCAGCUGCGCUCGCACAUGAGCGUCCACGUGGGACACAAGCAGUUCAUGUGUCCGUGGUGCGGCAAGGACUUCAACAUGAAGCAGUACUUUGACGAGCACAUGAAGACGCACACGGGAGAGAAACCGUACAUCUGCGAGAUCUGCGGCAAGAGCUUCACGAGCCGCCCCAACAUGAAGCGCCACCGCCGCACGCACACGGGCGAGAAGCCGUACCCGUGCGAGGUGUGCGGCCAACGCUUCCGCUUCUCCAACAUGCUGAAGGCGCACCGAGAGAAGUGCUUCCGGGUCAGCCAGCCCGCCGACGACUCCUGCGCUCGCCUUCCCCCGAUGGUGUCCGCCGCCCCCUGCGCUCCGCGCCCUCCGCUGGCCUCCGCGGGGGGUCCGCCUCCUUCCACGCAGCCGUCGCCCUUCUCUGCCGCUUCUGGAUGUUCUUGCUGGGGAUCCCGACAACAAGUGCCUUGCAGUAGUCUAGCCUGCAGGAGACAAAGGUAACUCGCACUCACAGAUGUAGCCACAAACUGUAGUCACCGACAGUGGUUUUCCGAAGUGUUCCUGAGCCCAUGCGGUGAUAUCCUUUACACGCUGAUGUCGCUUUCUGAUGCAGCGCCGCCUGAGGGAUCGAAGGUCACGGGCCUCGCCGCUUACGUGCCGUGAUUUCUCCAGAUUCUCUGAACCCUCUGAAGAUAUUGACGAAAUCCCUGAAUUCCUUGCAAUAGCUGGUUGAGAAAUGUUGUUCUCAAACAAUUUGCUCAGGCAUUUGUUGACAAAGUGGUGACACCUCGCCCCGUCCGUGUUUGUGAAGGACUGAGCAUUUCAUGGAAGCUGCUUUUAUACCCAACCACGGCACCCACCUGUUCCCAAUUAGCCUCUUCACCUGUGGGAUGUUCCAAAUAAGUGUUUUGACGAGCAUUCCUCAACUUUCUCAGUCUUUUUUGCCACUCGUGCCAGCUUUUUUGAAACAUGUUGCAGGCAUCAAAUUCCAAAUGAGCUAACAGUUGCGAAAAAUAACAAAGUUUACCAGUUGGAACGUUAAGUAUCUUGUCUUUGCAGUUAGGGAUGUCCGAUAAUAUCGGCCUGCGUUAAAAUGUAAUAUCGGAAAUCAUCGGUAUCGUUUUUUUUUAUUAUCUGUAUCGUUUUUUGUUUUUUUUUAAAAAAAUUUAAAUUUAUUAAAUCAACAUAAAAAACACAAGAUACACUUACAAUUAGUGCACCAACCCAAAAAACCUCCCUCCCCCAUUUACACUCAUUCACACAAAAGGGUUGUUUCUUUCUGUUAUUAAUAUUCUGGUUCCUACAUUAUAUAUCAAUAUAUAUCAAUACAGUCUGCAAGGGAUACAGUCCGUAAGCACACAUGAUUGUGCGUGCUGCUGGUCCACUAAUAGUACUAACCUUUAACAGUUAAUUUUACUCAUUUUCAUUAAUUACUAGUUUCUAUGUAACUGUUUUUAUAUUGUUUUACUUUCUUUUUUAUUCAAGAAAAUGUUUUUAAUUGAGUUAUCUUAUUUUAUUUAUUUUUUUUUAAAAGUACCUUAUCUUCACCAUACAUGGUUGUCCAAAUUAGGCAUAAUAAUGUGUUAAUUCCACGACUGCAUAUAUCGGUUGAUAUCGGUAAUUAAAGAGUUGGACAAUAUCGGAAUAUCGGAUAUCGGCAAAAAGCCAUUAUCGGACAUCCCUAUUUGCAGUCUAUUCAAUUGAAUAUAAGUUGAAAAGGAUUUGCAAAUCAUUGUAUUUUCUUUUUUUAUUUACCAUUUACACAACGUAACAACUUCACUGCUUUUGGGUUUUGUAUGUUGUCGUAUAAAUCACUCCAAUCAUCAUUUUGGAAACUAUACUUUUACUAAAAAACAACUAAUAAUACAACAAUAACAGAUGGCUGGUGCUCUCUGCAGUUGAGUAAAUACAGUGUGUGGAGGUGGAUUGAGCACAAGUAAUAAAGGUAGAGAAUACAGUAUAGGGUACAGAAGGUAAAUAUGUCCGCUCAAUCAUAUUUUUGUGGGCUAAGUGGCAGUAAAGCAAAGAGAAGGGACAUUUUUCACAGAUUUGAUGUCUUUUAAUUAGCAUGAUUUGCUAAGGGCUAAUUUUGCCCUUCAAGUCCAGAAAUUCAAAAAAGGUAAAAAUGUUGCAAAAAAAUGUCCGUGGUUGAAUUCCUGUAUUUGCUGACUUGUUGAUAAAUGUUGUUGUUGUUUUCAACACGAGGGCUGACUACUACUUCUAAUAAUAAUAAUAAUAAUAAUAAUAAUAAUGUUAGCUUUCUGAGCCCACACAUGACUUAUUUAUGACAAUUGUCUUCUGCCCUUAUAUGGUGUUGCUGACUUAGCGUGUAGCGCCUGUCAUUUCAUCAUUAAACGCUGGAGAGAUAUUCAUGUUUGCGUGCUGUGUUUAUUAUAACGAGUCAUCAAGGUUCAUGCGAAAAGGGAACAAAAAACUCGGAAAGACUGGAAGGCCAAAGAAGCGAGAAAUUGUUGCCAUGAUGAAAGCGUCAAAUCGGCCCCUUGGUUCAACUAUCAGGCAUCGUCAUUUCUUCGUCUGUAAAUUGUCAGAAUAAUUGUAAUCUGUUCCCGGCGAGCAGACAAAAGCUGUCUUUGAUCUUACCAAGCAAAAAGCUUGUGAAACUGCACUGUGUACGAUGGGAAGCGACAUGAAGGCGUCGGUUUCUUUGAUCUAUUGUGAUCCACAGGAAGGUCUCGUCUUGACCCGAGAUCUACAAAGCGGAGAGGAAGCAAGCUCCAGGCAUCUUUUCUUUGAACUGUUUUGUGACCGAGGGCAACGGCUGUUUACGACCCCCUCUCCCCUUAGAAACAGCUGUUGCCAUGUAAUCAGGGAAAGUCCAAAUAAAAGAGGAUGCGUGCAAUCCUUUCGUCAGAGCGUGGUGGAAGACUGCAAAGAGUACAGCCCAGACGUUUCUUCUCAUUGAGCUAAAUUGAAUCCUGUCUCUGUUGAAUUCCUUGCUUCUUGUCUGUUUAAUAGAUGUCAUCGGUGUUUGAACCUGACAUAAAUAUUCUCAUUCAUCAAACUGGACCGUACGCCGUCCUGCACCGUCCCCUCAGACUGUCUGUGAGCAUGGACUGAUGAAGUCCACAAUCCCAACAGUUCGGUUGCGAAAAGACACUCUUUGGCGAGUCCCAACUUUUAGCGUGGAAGAGUCCUGAUAACA